CUCGACUUCUUUCUUUUCCCCGUUCUUUAGAUUCAAGGACGUCACGCCCUUGAGCUUAAACUCUUGGGCCAUGGUUGCGUGUGUUGACGUGAAUGUAGCUCUUUCUCUACCUGUCCCUAAAAACGAUGGAGCUUGCGCGCAUUUGACUGGUUUAGAGAUUCCAUGCGUUCCCUUGUCAGCGACCUCAGGAGGCCGGCCAGACGAUUGGAACUCUAUACCAGGAGCGAGAGGCUGCACUCCACAGGCUUGCAGCUUUCGCAAUGAAAUGGCCGAGCUACGCAGACUAGGUGUGAAGAACGUGUUCGGAGUGUCGACUCAAGAUGCUUCGUAUCAAGCAGAGGCUAAAGAGCGGUUGCACCUUCCCUACCAAUUACUUUCAGAUGGGAGACUGGAAUUUGCAAAAGCGCUGAAGCUACCAACCCUUGAAUGGAAAAACAAGACGCUGAUCAAACGACUUGCUUUGGCUACCCAAAACGGCACGAUUGUCAAGGUUUGGUACCCGGUCUUCCCUCCUGACACAAACGCGAGGGACGUGGUCGAUUGGCUGGCGAUGAAAAAUUAGAGUACGCAGGUACCAUUUCGUUCACCUGAAACAACCUUGUGGGCUCAGGAGUCAGGAACGAACCCUGGACCUCAUGACUCGUCAUCUACAGUACUCCACAACACCGUGCCCGGGUAUGCUACUAUGCGACCAAGAGUAUCGCAACGUUGCGAAACCGUCAGAUAUCAAAACAUCUCCAACUGUGCAGCUUUACAGCCUUUUCUGUACAUCUCAAUCGCUCUACUAUUGCUUUUGAUGCAUGGGCGGC